GUCAAUUGUUGUGACAAGUGACAAUUAAAAAUGCCGAUUUGAUUAUUUCCGACUUAACCGCGCGUUUGAAUAUUUUUUAAGUUUUUGCCGUGCUUUAACGAAUAGUUGAAGUUUGAAAACAUAAUAAUUAAAAAAUCAAUGUAAUCUACACUCGUAAGAGAGUUUGUCAUAACUCAUAAGUGUAUAGAAUUUAAGUGGUGCAUUUUCACUAAUAACCUAAGCAGGAUGGCCGAUGAGGAUUUUAGUAAACUUUUGCAACAAGCAGAGCAGCUAACUACCGAAAUCGAGGGUAAUGAAGACUUACCAAGAGUGGAGAGAUCCUUAGGACAAGUACUUGAAGCUUCUCAUGAGCUUUAUUCAAGAGUAAUACAAUCGGGGACUAAUGAUAUCCAAGCGCACCUCUUAUUUGGGUCGAAAGGGAUAGAUUUGCAACAAAUAUCACAGAAGUUGGAAACAUUAUCAUCAAAGCGUACAUUUGAACCCCUACAACCAAUAGCUGAUUCUGAUAUAGAAAGUUUUUUGAAAAAUGAAAGGGAAAAUGCCAUUUUAUCACUCAUUGAUGAAGUUAAUAAAAAUUCCUUACAAACCACUGAGGACCAGAAAUGGGAGCACAUGCUCUCAGAAUGGAACAAGGAGAAGAUAAAACUAAUGAAUGCUAUGAUUGGACCAUCCCAGAACUGGUUAGAUUUAAAACGAGCUCCAGAACCGCCCAGUAUUGCAGAUACACCUAAAAAGUUUGGUCACUCUAUGUUAGAUGAUAUAGAAGCAGCCUAUGCUAGGCAGGUCCAACAAUACAACAAAUUAGUCUUCCAAGGUGCUAAAUCGAGGACUGCUCUGCAUCAGAAAUUCGCACAAGUGGCUGAAGAGUUUAAUGAUCCUAAAGUAAAAGAAAUGUGGGAAAUUAUUAAAACUAUGUCAAAUAUACCAGCUCUAGUCAGAGAUGAGGAUCCAUUAAAAGCAAGAGGAAAUCCCACUAUACAACAGUGCCUCAUUGCUCAAGGGAAGAAAUAUUUGGAAAAGAGGUACAAACAGUAUAUGAGUGAUGUGGUACGUGCGAACCCCGCUGCCGCUAUGAGGGGAGGGGAGCCAGGUACAUUCCCUCUGGUCCGAGGUUUUGUUGGUCUCCGCCUCCAGGGUCAAAGUGCCCAAGGUUUGACUGAUGGUGUGAUAGACGACAGACCAUUGUGGCCGAUGGUGUACUAUUGCCUGAGGAGCGGAGAUGCAAGUGCAGCUUUGCACUGUCUACGAAAGGCAGGGCGGGAGCAUGAAGAGUUUAUAGCGGCGCUGGAAGAGCACAUGCGCAAUCCGGAGAAGGCUCUCAGUGAGAAGCUGCAGAAUGCAAUCAAUUUCCAGUACAGAAUUCAAGUUCGCAAUUCAUCAGAUCCAUAUAAAAGAGCAGUUUACUGUGUAAUAGGAUGCUGUGAUGUGAGCGAUGAACAUUCCGAAGUAGCGAAAACAGCAGAUGAUUAUCUAUGGCUUAAACUAUCCAUUAUUAAAACUAAAACAAACAAUGAAACAGAAUCAUUCUCAUACUCAGACUUACAAAAGAUGAUCUUGGAAGAAUAUGGUGAAACACACUACCAUGCAUAUGAGAAGCCAUUGGUAUACUUCCAAGUAUUGACACUCACAGGUCAAUUUGAGCCAGCUAUUGAAUUUCUUUCUAGAAUCCCAAGAUACCAAGUACAUGGUGUGCAUAUGGCGCUUGCUCUACACGACGUCUACAUGUUGGGUACGCCGCGCAAUGUACAAGCACCUUUAUUAUCUGUGGACACGGAUGACCCGAAUCCUCUGCGAAGAUUGAACUUGGCGAGACUUGUGCUGUUGUAUGUUAGAAAGUUCGAGCUCUCGGAUCCAUCUGACGCUCUGCACUAUUACUAUUUCUUACGUAACCUUAAGGAUCCUAGUGGAAAGAAUCUUUUCAUGUGCUGCUGCACAGACCUAGCACUAGAGAGUCGCGACUACGACCUCCUAUUCGGUCGAAUGGAUCCUGCAACUGGUCUCAGAAGUACAGGGCUUUUGGACCAAUUUAACAACCCUCAUAUUGAUAGCAAGGUUAUUGCAUUGAAUGUUGCGGAGCAGCUGGUGAAUAAAGGCCUGUUUGAAGAUGCCAUAACUAUGUAUGAUAUUGCUGGGAACUUAGAGCGCGUGCUGGAGCUGUUCUGCGUGCUGCUCGCACAAGUGGUGAACAGCGGCGGCGGUGCGGGCGGGCUGCGGGCUAGGCUCGGUGCGCUCGCGGAGCACGCUUCGCGCCGCCUUCGCUCCGCUGAGACGCCGCUUCCCGCCGCGCUGGUGGAAGCGUACACCAAGCUGUGCAAGCUGAUGACGUUCUUCGAUCAGUUCCACGAGGAGAACUAUGAGGGCGCGUUAGAGACGCUCCGCGAAUGCGAGGUGGUCCCGCUGAGCAAAGCUGAACUGGACGCACGCGUGUCCGCAGCGCGGUCUGCGCGCGGCGAGUUGUUACGUUGCUUGCCCGCCGUGCUGCGUGCAGUUUGUACCAUACUGGUCGCGCAGAGACAGCGGCUUAGGACCGUCAGUCCUGUCACUACGCAUAAUACUACACAGCAAGUGGAUUGGCUGCGGGAACAAGCUGAAGUACUAAACACAUUUGCAGGCAACAUUGCGUAUAGAAUGCCUGGUGAUACCUACAGUCAGUUGGCGCAAAUGCAAAUUCUUAUGCAUUAAUUUCUCCUUUGUUUUAAGCCGUAAUAAAAUAUAUUUUUAAGAAA